CGCCGGUUUGGGCUUAUCGGAAGCGCCUCUUUUCAAAGACACAUAUUAUUGAGUAUUUCGUGUUUGGACAUCGAGUGGGUUUGCGCUUCUUUAUUGAACAAGUAUUUCCUAUCAUCCAGUUCAAUGUUUGCUGCCGGAAUAGAUGGACUGAUGGACGUCGACGAAGGCUGUGAGCACGAGAAGCCGCCUAGUUUAUAAAACACCAUUUAAAAGUCGUAUCAUAUUGACACGAUUGAUUAGCGCAGGCCCCGGUUGUUGAAAAUAAUAAGCGAAGUAUUUAGAGGACGCAUUACGGAUGACGUCCCGGUGAGAUCGAUCGUGUAUUGGAACAGCACACGUUGUUUCUGCGGUGGAUUACAUAGUGAGCACUUGAGUUCGAUUAGUUCCGAGUCGUCGAGGUUCCCGAUACCGAGAUUGAAGAGCUCUUGAAGUGAAGUGAUUUGGGAAAUCUGGAUUUAAAAUGCCUAAAUUCAGCGGACCGAACUGGUUCUCGAAGCCCCAGUCGCGGAAAAAGUCCAAAGGUCCUCCGCCGAAGGGAACAACUUUGGUGAGCUUUGCCGAGGACGAAGCACCAUCAUCCGGAUCCACUGCAGGCCCGGUUCCACCGCAGAAAUCCCCUCGAAAGCACCAUCGGCAUCCCGGUAAGUCUCCGAGCCAAGUUUCGUGGGCCAGUGGCAGUGAAGGAGGAAGUGCAGGUGCUUCCUUUGCAGGGGCAGAGGCUGGAGGUCAUUUCUCCCGGCAGAGCAGUAUAAGGCAAAGUGCAACCAGUCAGCGGAGUGGUUUUUCGACGUCGGGACCCAGCAGGAGGCCGCCGCCAGUCAGACGACCGAAGAAAGCGAUGGCCGAUUCCGAGAAGGAGGAAGCUGUAAACUUGCAAGUGGAGUUCGAGUGGGUGCUGCACGAGGAGGUUCACUCGGUGCUGAAACAGCUGCACGUCAUCCUGGUGGAAUGUGCCCAUCGGUUUCCGGUUCCGCUGUACGGGAACGAAGGCAAAAAGCAGGACAAGUUCGUGCUGACGGCCGCUCCGGAGCAGCUGAAAUGCGUCGUCACGCUCACCGGCGAUAGCAUAACUCAUGCGGACAUCAAUUUCAAGGUGCAACGGCAGCAGCAGCAAACCCAACGGACCACCAUCACCCAAGACUACCCGUGGAAGAUCCAACAGGUACAGGAUGCUGCCAACCACCUCCAGCAAGCAAUAAACCACAUCGACAAUGUUGAUAGUUCGUACAACUUCAAAACCUCCGACGAGGUGCUGCACAUCCUGGGGAACAUCUUGGGAGCGCUGCAGCGAGGCCGCACCUCACUGGUCGUUCCCCGGAAGAAGCCCAUCGACGAGCUGAUGAAGAGCCGAAACAUGAAGGCUCUGUCGCCCAACCUGCCGGAAGAUUUGGCCAUCAGCUUCUACAUCCAGAGCCACAAGUUGAUCUUCGUGGCCUAUCAGCUGACCAACUUUCAGGGUACGAUGAAGUUUGAUUCCUGCCAGGCCGAGUGUUCCGUACCGUGGCUGAACGAGGUGCUAGUUUUGUUCACUGUGGCGCUGCAGCUGUGCCAGCAGCUUAAGGAUAAGAUUUCAGUAUUCUCCCAGUACAAGGAUUUCACAGUUGGUUCUCGAUCGGCAUCCGCCAUGUCCUAUUGAUUGGACCAGUCGCCGGCGCCGGAUUCGCUGAUACCGUGCCGAGCUUAAUUGAGGGUUGGAUAUUUACGCGGAGCAUUGUCCAUCGGGUUCAGUUUGAGAUUUUGAUCCCCUAGGUCUCACCCAUUAUUUUCAAAAGUGUAGAGCAAGCUCCUCAGUUUUCAGACCAGGACAAAGUGGAUACGUGAAAUUAGUGAAAUCUUCGAUCCUAUUAAUUGUUAAGUAGCUUCACACUUAGUCGGACAAUGGCGUAGUUCAAGCGAAAAUCUCGUAACGGAAAUCAGUGAAAUUGGCCGUCGCCGGCCGUUGUUGAAAAUGUUUUGAUGUUUGUUGAUAAAUUACUAGGUACUCGUGCUGUUAUCGGCGGAUGUCUACAAGGUGGACGGUUGAUUCAUCGAGGGAGUUCCCCAAACAGGCCCCACAACUGCGUUAAAUUGCAAUUGUGUUUUAUCAACCAGAGCUACCAGACACGACUGGACAGACAGCCGAUAACGACACCCACAUUUAGAUAAGCGCAAGUGAAACAGAACAGAAAAAGUGAAUUAAUGUUUAAGAGUACUUAACAGGUCGUAAGUAAACUGAAAUAAUGAAAUCGUAUAGUGGCAAAUAUUUACUCAAACUUGUGCGUGCGGAACGGCGUACGAGUGUUCCGCUUUUAUGAUGGUUCCACACUUCGGUCGGCAGCCGGUCAGAAUGAGGGGGGUGUGUGCAAUCAAUCACGAUCGAUCACCGAAUGGAUGGAUCGUGCGUGAAUGGGCGAGUAUCGAACGAACAGGAAACUAUAGAUUUAGUAGUUCUUUGGUGGUAGGAAUCUCGAAAUGUCGCUACUGCAUGUAGGUACGAGGACCGGUUGCUGAACGGAGGUCGGACAAUGAACUGUGAAAUAUAUGUAGUUUAGGCACACAUAAACUAGUAAUUGUUCGAACGCAGGAGCGUUACCUUUACAACACAAGAAAUUGGUAACUUAAAGGUUUUUGAACUAUUAUUCUACAUUAGUAUGCUUUUAAUUUUUUUUAAAUAUAUUUAUUUUGAUAUAUCUUCA